CCAAAACCCUGCUGGAAGAAAUCGGAUUUUAUGAUUUAUCAAAUUUUUUUCAACUCUCUGUGAAGUAUCGAAGAAGGUUUGAUUGGUAGUGAAUCAGCCAUGGCCGCAAAUAAGACGCGAACAAGCGGCUUCUCUCGCAACUUUUCGGGUACAACCUCGUCUCAGACCCCUGGAAUCAAGUCUGGUCCAAAUGGAACAAUCUUUGUCUCGUCUGGAAUUCCCGACCUUGACAAGAUACUGGGUGGUGGGUUUCCUCUGGGAAGCCUAGUAAUGGUGAUGGAAGAUGCAGAAGCCCCUCACCACAUGCUUCUCUUGAGGAACUUUAUGUCUCAAGGACUUGUUCACAACCAACCUCUUCUAUAUGCCAGUCCUGCCAAAGACCCGAGAGGAUUUUUGGGAACUUUGCCCAGUCCUGUAUUGUCCAAAGAGAAUAAAUCUCGUAAAGAUGAUCCAGAACAGGAUAAAGGGUUGAGGAUUGCUUGGCAGUACAAGAAGUAUUUUGGUGAAGAUCAGCACAUUCAUAGAGACGCUAAACAAGAAUUCUGCAAUGACUUUGACUUGAGGAAGCCCCUUGAGAGGCAAUUUCUCAGUGGACGUCGAGUGGAUUGUGUCAGCUUUCAAAAAAUUUCUAAUAUCGCUACUCUCCAGGAUCAUUGUUCCACAUUCUUAGCUCAGUUUCGAAGAAAUGAUGGCAACAUUUCGGGCGUUGGCCGACUUGCCAUCCAAUCACUCUGUGCUCCACAAUGUGAAUAUUCCAACAUGGAAUGGGAGAUGCUUUCCUUCAUUAGGUCUCUAAAAGGCAUGCUACAGUCUUCAUAUGCAGUUGCAGUUAUAACCUUUCCACCUUCCCUUCUUUCACCAUCAUCUUCUAAAAGAUGGCAGCACAUGGCUGACACCUUGCUUUCUGUCAAAGCAAUCCCAGAUGAGGACAAGGAGUUGGCACAACUCCUGACGGGCUACCAGGAUAUGGUUGGCCUUCUCAACGUACACAAAGUUGCGCGUAUGAAUACGCAGGUUCCAGUUAUUCUUGAGGCCACAACAUUCUCAAUAAAGUUGCAAAAGCGUAGGUUCUUGGUUCUGGAAUGUCUCAACCAAGCUCCCAUUGAUGGGUCAAGUGGCAGUUCUUAUGGCACAACAGCUAGUUGUUCGGGGUCCUCCUCCAAGACUGGGACUUUGGAUUUCUAGUUACAGUUCAAGUAGAAACCCACCAAUGAGAUCUCAAGCGUCCAGUUGUGCAGUGAAGAUCAGUGUUGGUGAUUUGAUGAUCGUCCAGGUCAAAAUUAAGCAAGGGGUCUUGAGCAGAAUGCAAGAAAGUAUGACGAUUGAAAUUGGUGGAAUCUGCUCGUCCCCUAAAUCGUGAAACCGGAUACUGCUGGGAAUCUUUAGAGCAAGGGAAGUGUUUCUAUUGAAUUAGAUACACAUUGAAAAUGUACAUUGUACAACACCAAGAAUGAAUGAAAUGACAGUCGAUUUGUUUACAAAA